CUCUAGCCAUGGCAUCUUGCACUAUCAGUUUCCCGAAUGCCGCAGAACACCGGCAGACAGGAAAUUCCAACCGUGUUCAGUGUCAUCGUGAGUACGUCUUCUUGGGACAAUGACUUUAGAAGCUCCAUAUUCGUGCAUACCAGUGUCUUGUUCGCACAUAUAAGACGAGGAGCUCGUGCCUAGUCAACAGAUCCCCUCAGCACGCCAAUCUUCUCUCUUCAUCUUUCUCGUUGAAAUACAUCCUUGAUACCCCUCGAGAGAAGCUUAAACACCCGUUGCAGAACUUGCACAAAUCACAUAUACAAAAUGGUCCAGAAACUCAGAAUCGCUGCGUCUGGCCUCGGCCGUAUGGGCAAGCGCCAUGCCAUCAACUUCUUGCACCGCACGCCCCGCGCGCAGCUUGUUGCUGCCUUUACCCCGGACGAGAACGAGCUUGUUUGGGCAAGACAGGAGCUGGAGCCUCACGGCGUCACCCUCUACACCGAUUACGAUGAGAUGCUCACUCACGAGGGUCUCCAAGCCGUCGUCAUCGCUACCGUUACCAAGGUCCAUGCCGACCAGGCCAUCAAGGCAAUCAACAAGGACCUUCACGUCUUGUGCGAGAAGCCCAUCUCUCUCGACCUCGCCAAGUCUAUGGAGGUUGUCACUGCUGCGCAGCACAAGCCUCAUCUCAAGGUCAUGUGCGGCUUCUCCCGCCGCUUCGACUCAUCAUACAGAGAUGCGUUCGAAAAGAUUGAGACGGGCUUGAUCGGCAGACCUUCCGUUAUCAGAUCUCAAACAUGUGACAAGCAUGAUCCUAGUGGCUUCUUUGUCAAGUAUGCGGCCCUCAACGGCGGCUGUUUCGUUGACAUGAGUGUCCAUGACAUUGACCUGUCACUAUGGUUUUUUGGCGAGGACUCCCAGGUCAAGUCUGUGUCGGCAUCCGGCAUUACAGCUGUCUCCCCUGAACUCAAGGAGCACGGCGACUGCGACAAUGCCGUCGGCAUCGUUGAGUUCUGGGGCGGCAAGAUUGCCUACUUCUACAACUCGCGUAUGAUGGCGCACGGACAAGAGGAUACCACCGAGCUCAUUGGCACUGGAGGCAAGCUCACCGUCAACGGCAACCCCCAAGCCAACUUCGUCAACUACUACGGUCCUCAGGGUAUCACAAGAGAGGUCCCCGCGCACUACUACGGCCGAUUCGAGUACGCUUUUGUCCAGGAGGCAAAUGAGUUCACCGCUGCUGCGCUUGACAACACCAAGCUGCCGCUGAAGUUGACCAAUGCCGUCAAGGCGGUGCAGAUUGGCUCUUACCUGCAAGAGGCAUUGGAGUCGGGCAAGAAGUUGUACUUUGACGAGAUUGGACGUCGCCUUGACAAGCAGGCCAAGUUGUAG